ACUCCACAGUUUUUGACAGAAGUUGAUGUUGUUUGCUAACAACAAAUUUUCGUGCGAAACGGCUCCGAAGUGAAGUUUCAAUAAAAAUCCUGGAAAAUGUUGCCAUUUUUCCCCUCGUUGAGGCCGGCCAUCGCCAACAAUUUGUGGUUCGCGGCGGACGAGUGCUGUGACGAGGACGCGGAAGUGAACGCGAUGGAGCAGGAGCACCAGGAAUGGUUGAAUCGGAUCUCGCAAAUCGGCGCCAACCUGGUUCCGAUUGGGAAGAAUGUGAACGAACACACCGACAAUAUUGACUCGGAGGAUGAGGAUGCCAACGACGAAAGCGACGACUCGGACAACUCGGACGAGGACGACGAAGACAUGGACGACAUCAACAAUGCGGCCCGGGCGAACGUAAUGGAACCGGCCUACAACAACACCGACGACGAGAUCCAGCCGAACGAUACGCUCUAGGAGGGGAAGCAGGAGGGCGUGUGAUUAUAUUUAGUGAUGUGUAUCAUUUUGGACGUUUCAGUUAAUAUACGUUAUAUAUCUCA